AACCUCUUAUCUCUUUGGUUGAUUUAAUUUUGAUGUGUAUAUAUGCAUAUAACAGGUGUCGCUUUCGUUCUGCAGACAUAAUUUCUUAUAAGUGUGUAAUGAUUAUGAAAUGUUGUGUGUUUCUUGAUUAAUCAGAUGAGAAAUUAUGAUAUUGGUUAGGAUUAGUUUGAUUUUUCUCUUAUACGCAUGAUUUUUGUCCAAAAAAACACAAGCAUGAUUUAUUUAAUGGGCCUACCUAACGACAUAUUUGAGUUUAAUAUUGGGAUUAGUUGUUUCUUCCUAGCAAGCCCAUGAAUAUUUUAACGGCUUUACAACCUUUUUAUUAACUCGAUUUGUCGUCACCACAAGAAAUGUAUACAACUUUUUUAUUAACUUGUUUAGUCCUCACUAGCGGCAUUGCGCUCUUUCCAUAUGGAGUACAUCGAAGCUUGGUAAAAGAGUCUACAGAUGAGCGUUAUGUGUUGGUCCGUUGAAGGCCGAGCAAGCCACUCCAAAAUGGCUUCAAAGGACUGAGGAGGGUGGAGAUUAACCCGAUUGAUAAAGUGUUGCCAAACAGAGGAGCUGAAAGAACACUGAACGAAGAGGUGUUCCCUAGAUUCAGCGCAAUUGGCACAAAGGACACAGGAAGCAGGUACGUCAAGCCCCCAUUGUCUCAUCCUAUCUCUAGUUGCCAGACGAUGUCGGACAUUAACCCAUGUGAAGAAGGCGUGCUACGGAAUGUGAUCUCAUGAACCAGACUUGUCUAAGCCAUGUCACCUCUGGACCAGGAGGAUAGAGAUGAUUCCAAGUACUUGCAUGUAUGUUAGCAAAGACACAUCCAAAUAUUUCUAACAUCCAUAUAAGUUAAACAUGCAAUGCAGAUUGGUACGUGAAAGUCCUUAGACUUGUUUUUGUUGAGACAAGGAGUCGCGCAUGGAACGAUCCGUUCAAAAGUUUGAGGAUGAGAGCAACAAAGUCAGGGUAAUUACACGAGAAAGCUCGUGGGACGAUAUCUCUAUGCAUCAUCAUCACACAGUGAACAUGUCUCUCGUCAAGACCAAGCUCCUCCAAAAUCUUUUCACCACCACAAGAUACAAACGGUGAACCAAACGUGACCACAUGUUUCAUGGCUUUAAAACUAAUUAACGAGUUCAUGAGCAGCACAUCAGGUUCAUUAUUAACGAGAGUUACCUUCAAGAGAGUGACGUGAAACUGAAACUUAGCUCUAUAGCCGUGUUCGAGACAAAUGCUCGAUUAUUUCGGGUAGAAACUGUUCGUAUAUUCCUUUUGUUGCCUCUCAUAGAUUCCUCUGUGGACUUAAGGGCAUCUUUAACCUUUAUGGAGGGGGUGUUUAACAAAAAAUAAUAUAAUAUUAGGUGGAUCUCAGGGUGGGAUCCACAGAAUUUUAGCAUCAAUUCUUCUGCAGCUUAUUUAAGCACCGCUGUUUGUACUUUUCGCGGACUAAACUGACACGUAAUCGUGGAGAUGUAUCGGUCCGCGAGUGGUCUAUUUUUAAUUUAUUUUAAUCAAUAAUAAAGAAAAUAAAAAAAAAUUUAAGCACUCCAUUAUGGGUUGUUAGGUUAAUGGUGUUCUAGAGCGUGAUUAUUGGGGAUUUUUAAGGUGGAGUUCUUAACGAAAUAUAAGAACACGUCUCUUAACUUUUAACUAAAAAAAAGUUAAGAACCAGCUCUUAAAUAAGUUAAGAGACCGUUUCUUAUAUUUCGGUAAGAACUUCACUCUAAGAACCCAAAAUAAUCAUGUUAACCCAAGUGCUUAUGAGAGGAGGUGUUUAAUAAAAAAUAAUAUAAUAAUAGGUUAUGACCUAUAAAAUUUUAAGCACCAGCUCUUCUGCAGCCUAUUUAAGCACAGCUGCUUGGACUGUUCGCGAUCCCACUGACAUGUGGUGGUCCGCAAUUGAUCUAUUUUUUUUAUUAUUUUUUAUCAAAAAAAAAAGUUUUAAGCACUCCAUUGUGGGUUGUUAAUGGUGUUCUAAUGCCUCUUAGUAAAAACCAAACCUAAGAGCACCCUUUUAUCGGUUAAAAGUGCAGUUGAUUUAAGCAAUUAAAUUUUAUUUAUUUUUCAUUAACCAAUAUGAAAGUGACACUUGGUUAAUGGAGUUUCUCCUAAUGUUCCUAAACAUCUAAUUUGAGAACCGUAUUUGACUGUCUUUCUAUCUUUUUACCUUUUUUGAUUAUUUUUCAUCUUGAAAACUUAUCUUAGACACCUCCAUCUAAAUAACCAAAUUGAACCAUAAAUGGCCAUCCCUAACAUAAUUCACUAUCUUUACCUCAAACUUAGUUGGCCCGAAGAAGAGGUUUUCUUUAAAGAAUCAGAUCCCUAAUUAUAACAUCGAUGACCACACUAAAGAGAUUAUAAUCUGAGAAAACAGAGGAUUUCAUUGAGAGCCCAUGCCGAUUGACUUUUCUUUGUAAAAAGUACUAAAAAGUCAAAUGGUCAAUAAAUAUUUGAAUUUAGAUAUGAUAUGUCAUACACUCAUACUCAUUUAAAAUGUACUAUCUAUUAUUGUUAAGAAAAUAGUUUGGAAAACUCUAGAUUGGAAGCUUUAGAUGACAGUGACAAAUUUAUAAAGCCCUGAACUAAAAACAGUCAACAAUGCUCUAUAUGCAUGAUUUAAUUUGAGAGAAAGUUAGGUUUACGCUUAUUAUACAAUUAUCUGAAAAUGAUGUACAUCGCAUUGUAUAUGAACACUUUGAAGGGCCAACACUAACAAAAGAACACAUACCUAACUCACCGGGAAUAAUAAAUAACAUAACAUUGAUCUUCAUAAGAUUUGUUUCAUCAACAUAUUCAUAUGUAAAAUCGAAUAUGCGAAUAGGCGAAUAGUAAUAAUAACUAAUUACAUGUCACUGGACCCAUAAUAAUAAAUAAAAAACAAAAAAAAGUAGAGGGGAUAUAUAAUGAAGCUGACGUUAAUCCUCUGUACAUUGCACCAAACUCUCUGCAACUUGUAACCCCAUCCUUAUCUCAUCAACCUCUUCUUCUUCGUCAAGUCUCUCGAAUCAUCGAGAAUCUUUUUUAUAUUCUCUUUCUUUUGGUGUUAUACAAAGAGAUUCCUAAGAACAUUAAAGAAAAAAAAAACAGAGAACAAUUUUCUAUAAACGAGAAUCAUCUAUAUAAAACAUGAACUCCACGAUAGCUGCGGGAGACGGAGAUGUUUCGGGUGGCGCGGCGGAGUUUAUUCAGAUUAGAUUGAAUCAUAGACACGAUCCUAAGGAGAACCAGUGUUCUUCGGUUCUCGUUAAGUAUAUCAAAGCGCCUGUCCAUCUGGUUUGGUCUCUGGUGAGGAGAUUCGAUCAGCCACAGAUAUACAAGCCUUUUGUCAGCAGGUGUGUAAUGAAAGGUGACGUUGGAAUUGGCUGUGUUCGAGAGGUGAACGUUAGAUCUGGCCUCCCAGCUACUACUAGCACCGAGAGAUUGGAGUUCUUUGACGAUAACGAACACAUUCUUGGUAUCAAAAUCCUGGGUGGUGAUCACAGGCUUAAGAACUACUCAUCAGUGGUUACAGUACACCCAGAGAUAAUAGAUGAGAAAGCGGGGACAAUGGUAAUAGAGUCAUUUGUGGUGGAUGUACCAGAAGGGAACACCAAAGACGAGACUUGUUACUUUGUGGAAGCACUUAUACGAUGCAAUCUCAAAUCUCUGUCUAGUGUUUGCGAAAGAAUGGCUGCUCAGAACAUGACAUGAGUUAUGGACUGGUACUUAGUGUUCGUCCUCAAAUUGUAGGAUCGUAUAUAGCAACACUGGUAGGCGAAACUGAUCACGUGAAAUACAUGCUCUCUGGAUUAUAGACAGAGAUUCCUCUAGUACUCAUUUGGGACUGAUUAUGUGUGUGUGGUUGUAUAAGUUAUAAACUGCAGCUCUAUAUUUUUUUAGUCAGGGCAGGAAUGUAGUUUUACCUUUCAGUCAAGUUUCUAUUUGUGAAAUAUAUGGACCACCAAAAAGUGAGUUAGAUUUAAAA